AUGUCGAGGCUUUCGCCCGCGCUCAAGGGGCUAAUCAAUGCGCCGUUUGCGCGUCCCGGCCAGGCGCCCGCGCCGCCCCGGAUCAGAGACAUCUACCAGAGCAUCGCCCACGAGGCGAGGACACGGCUCUAUGGCGAGCGGUCGUGGCUGACUCUGUCGGCCGCUGCCACGUUUACCCUUAACUCGCCCGCGUCUCUCGGGAUACUGCACCAGGCGGCUUCGGCUUCGGCGUCCGGGGGCAGCAGCGGCGGGCCGACGACACCUUUGGCCGUGGCGGAGCUGAUCCGCGAGAUCGGGCUCAAGUGCAUCAGCUUCAACGGCAUCCCACGCACCAUCAACUGCCUGGGCGCCUUCCGGGCCGACCUGGCCUCGCAACCGUGGGCCGGGCAGCUCGAGACGCGGCCCUCGCGCACCACGACCCCUGACAACAUUGCCGCCGUCCACCGCCGGGGCCGCGACCUGUGGCAUAGCGUCUACACGCCCCUCGACGAAAAGCUCGAGGCCAGGCUGGCCGAGUCGCAUCCGGACCUGCCCGUGCACAUCCUCGGAAGCCACUACGGCCCGCUGCUCUCGGAUCCGCCCCAGGAGGCGAAGGGCGGGCUAGCUGCCGUCGGGCGCAAUCUGACGAGCGUCGUUGCUAUCGCCUGCCUGCGUGCCCAGACGGGUGUCGGCCCCCAGGUGCUAUCCCACGUCUUUGGUCUGCGCAAGGCCAUCGAGCAGGGCGUUCACCGGGACGAGUUCGAGGCGGCCGAGGCUGACGCCAUUGAGAGGCUGGCCAGCGACGAGGGCUGCCAAUGGAUCUUGACCAGCGUGGAUCGCAUCUCCGAGGCCAUCGGGGCGAGCUUUGGCCAGCCGCUGAAGAGCGAUAACGCCCAGGCGAGAGAGUCCAAGCUAUGA